AUGGGAACGGAUGGGAGGGGCGGUUGGGCUAGCGCCGACAACCACGACCGGAGAUUUGAUAGCGCAGGGGGCGGGGAAAUAGGUGGAGGCGGGGGGGAAUUUGGCGGGGGAUUCGACGACGCUGACGGGGCGGCGGAGGGCGACGAGAAGGCAGUGGCGCGCGGGGGAGAGGCGGGCGGAGGGGACGUGAAGGCGGAGGCGCGCGGAGAGGGCCAGGCGCAAGGAGGGGCAAGCGGUGGGGAGAAAGCGGAGGAUGUGGGGAAGGAGCAGGCGGCGAGCGGCGCUUAUUGCGCGCGGGAAGCGAGCCUGCACGCGGAGGAGGCGGCUGGCACUCUGAAAUUCAUAUGCUGCCGAAACGAUGGGGUGGACGAACACAUGAUAUGGCUGGUGGGGUUGAAGAACAUAUUCUCACGGCAGCUGCCCAACAUGCCUAAAGACUACAUCGUGCGCCUGCUGCUCGACCGAACGCACAAGUCAAUGAUGCUCAUCAAGGCUGGCACGGUCGUUGGUGGCAUCACAUACCGCCCCUACCCCUUGCAGCGGUUUGGGGAGAUAGCGUUCUGUGCCAUUACUGCCACGGAACAGGUGAGGGGGUACGGCACGAGGCUGAUGAAUCACCUCAAGGCGUAUGCGAGGGAUGAGGACGGGCUGCGCUACUUCCUCACAUACGCCGACAACAACGCUGUUGGCUACUUCGUCAAGCAGGGAUUCACGAAGGAGAUCACCAUGCCUAAAGCGCAAUGGGAAGGGUACAUAAAGGACUACGACGGGGGCACGCUGAUGGAGUGUGUGCUGGAGAAGGGGCUGCCCUACACCUCGCUGCCCGCCGUGCUGCUCAAGCAGCGCCAGGCCAUAACGGAGCGCAUGAGGCAGGUGGCGCGCAGCCAUGUGGUGCACCCGGGGCUGGACUUCCCGCGCGACUCCUGGGGCGUGCCCAGGCGCGCCCUCAGACUCGCCGACAUCCCCGGGCUGGCGGAGAGCGGGUGGACGCCCGAGCACAGCGGUGCCAAUAAGAUCCGAUUGGUGCAGGUGGCGCCAGAUGGGACAAAGGAUGUGAGCCGCGACGGGCCGCCCACCAAGGCCCAGCUGCACAACCUGAUGAAGCAGAUGCACCGGGUAGGGCGGGCAUAUGCACCGGGUAGGGUGGGCAGAUGCACCAGACCAGGGAGGGCAGAUGCACCAGACCAGGGAGGGCAGAUGCACCAGACCAGGGAGGGCAGAUGCACCAGACCAGGGAGGGCAGAUGCACCAGACCAGGGAGGGCAGAUGCACCAGACCAGGGAGGGCAGAUGCACCAGACCAGGGAGGGCAGAUGCACCAGACCAGGGAGGGCAGAUGCACCAGACCAGGGAGGGCAGAUGCACCAGACCAGGGAGGGCAGAUGCACCAGACCAGGGAGGGCAGAUGCACCAGACCAGGGAGGGCAGAUGCACCAGACCAGGGAGGGCAGAUGCACCAGACCAGGGAGGGUCUCGUUAUGACCGCGGGCAGAAGCCCAAUUCCUGGAUGGGGACCAUCCUGCAUGCAUGCAGUCAGCUUUUGCCCGUGCCGCUCUCAACCAUCUGCCUCUCUCAUCCAUCUGCCCCUCUCAACCAUCUGCCUCUCUCAUCCAUCUGCCCCUCUCAUCCAUCUGCCUCUCUCAUCCAUCUGCCCCUCUCAUCCAUCUGCCCCUCUCACCCAUCUGCCUCUCUCAUCCAUCUGCCCCUCUCAUCCAUCUGCCUCUCUCAUCCAUCUGCCUCUCUCAUCCAUCUGCCUCUCUCAUCCAUCUGCCCCUCUCACCCAUCUGCCCCUCUCACCCAUCUGCCCCUCUCACCCAUCUGCCCCUCUCACCCAUCUUCUCCUCACUCCCUGCGCCCUGCCACCCUUUUGUCACUCCCUGCGCCCUGCCACCCUUUUGUCACUCCCUGCGCCCUGCCACCCUUUUGUCACUCCUUGCGCCCUGCCACCCUUUUGUCACUCCCUGCGCCCUGCCACCCUUUUGUCACUCCUUUUGUGUCUCUUCAAAAGGGAGGGCAGGCGGUGAUGGAGCAUGCGGACUCGUGGCCGUUCAAGGACCCCGUAGACGGCAGCGAGGUGCCCGACUACUAUGACAUCAUCAAGGACCCCAUCGAUCUGAGGACGAUGCAGAAGCGGCUGGAGGCGGAGAGCUUCUAUGUGACAAUCGACAUGUUUGUGGCGGACAUGCGCCGCAUGACUGCCAAUGCCCGCACCUACAACGCCCCUGACACCAUCUACUUCAAAUGCGCCAACAGGCUGGAGAACUUCUUUCUCAACAAGCUCAAAGCCUCCGUGCGCCUGCACCACGGCUGA